CGGUCUCGGCAUGCCGCCUCCUCGUGAACCUUCUCUCUCCGAUGUGCAGCUCGCCGCGCCGCCAUGGGAGCCGGACGCGUAGCGGCGCCCCUCCUCGUCCUCGCCGCCGUACUGCUCCAGGGCCUCCUCGCGGAGGGCGUGGUCCGCAUCACGCUGAAGAGGCGACCCGUCGACGAGAGCGGCCGCGUCGCUGGCCACCUAGCCGGGGACGACACCCAGCGGCUCCUCGCGCGGCGCCACGGCUUCCUCAGCAACGAGGCCGCCGCCAGGGCCUCCUCGAAGUCGAAGGCGGCGGCUGUGGCUGAGGGCGACAUCGUGGCGCUGAAGAACUACCUCAACGCGCAGUACUACGGGGAGAUCGCCAUCGGCACGCCGCCGCAGAUGUUCACCGUCAUCUUCGACACCGGAAGCUCCAACCUCUGGGUGCCCUCCUCCAAGUGCCAUCUCUCGAUUGCUUGCUACUUCCACUCGAGGUACAAGGCUGGCCAGUCGAGCACGUAUAAGAAGAAUGGAAAAUCUGCUUCAAUUCAUUAUGGGACUGGUGCAAUUUCUGGCUAUUUUAGCCAGGACAGUGUGAAAGUUGGUGGUGUAGUUGUGAAAAAUCAGGAUUUUAUUGAAGCUACGAGGGAGCCAAGUAUUACAUUCAUGGUUGCCAAAUUUGAUGGCAUUCUUGGGCUUGGAUUUAAGGAAAUCUCAGUAGGAAACGCAGUGCCUAUCUGGUACAACAUGGUGAGACAAGGUCUUGUUGUUGAUCCUGUUUUCUCAUUCUGGUUCAAUCGGCAUGCUGAUGAAGGGCAGGGAGGCGAAAUUGUGUUUGGAGGAAUUGAUCCUAAUCACUACAAGGGAAAUCAUACAUUUGUCCCUGUCACUAGGAAGGGAUACUGGCAGUUCGAUAUGGGCGACGUCCUGAUUGGUGGAAAGUCCACAGGAUUCUGUGCAGCUGGGUGUGCAGCAAUAGCAGAUUCUGGAACUUCACUGCUUACUGGUCCCACGGCCAUAAUUACUCAGAUAAAUGAAAAAAUUGGUGCUACUGGGGUAGUCAGCCAAGAGUGCAAGACUGUUGUUUCUCAAUAUGGGCAACAGAUCCUAGAUCAGCUGCUGGCAGAGUCAAAGCCAGCACAAGUAUGCUCUUCAGUCGGUUUAUGUACUUUUGAUGGUAUCCAUGGCGUUAGUGCUGGUAUUCGGAGUGUGGUGGAUGAUGAAAAUGGAAAAUCAAGUAGUCCCUUUAGCAGUGCGAUGUGCAAUGCUUGUGAAACAGCUGUUGUAUGGAUGCAUACCCAACUUGCACAGAAUCAAACUCAGGAUCUCAUAUUGCAGUACAUUAAUCAGCUAUGUGAUCGUCUUCCUAGCCCUAUGGGAGAAUCAUCUGUUGACUGCAGCAGCCUUGCAUCCAUGCCUGACAUUGCCUUCACCAUUGGUGGCAAGAAGUUUGUGCUCAAACCAGAACAAUACAUCCUGAAGGUUAGCGAGGGAGAUGCUACCCAGUGCAUCAGUGGAUUCACAGCUAUGGACAUUCCUCCUCCUCGUGGUCCAUUGUGGAUCUUGGGAGAUGUCUUUAUGGGAGCCUACCAUACCGUGUUUGACUAUGGCAAACUGAAGGUUGGCUUUGCAGAGGCGGCAUAAUACCCCCAUGGUGAUCAGGACGAGCCGGAGCGACCUUAGCUAUUCAGCUUGGGUUUAACUCCGGUAAGCAUAUAUGCAUGUAUGUAUUUUACAUGCCCAAUAAUAAUGCUUCUGUGAUCUGAACUAUGAAGACUUGUCUGUUUUAAUUCGUUAAGCUAAAUAUUAACUAGGCAGAAUUCAGACAACAGUUUACCA